CAUCGUUCUGGAGUGGAACACUCCGAAGUACUGGACAUGUUAUUCCUAAGUAUUUUGGCGUUGACCAGCGAAAAACAUCCACAUCGAGAUUUAAAUUUAUAUCAAUUGAGUGAAGCUGGUCUACUCAAGGAGCUACUCAAUUUAUGCAAAGUUUAUGUGAUUGAAUCACCAAAUCCGGUGUACAUAUCAGCAAGUGCAGCUGAAUCAUUUGUGGCCAUAUUGUCAGUUUUUGCUGGUUCGCCACCAUCCACAUCGCUAAUGGAUGAAAUAAUGAAAUUGGCCUUACUUCUGCAAAAGCCCAGUGAAUGUUACAUCACACAUGAUAGAUCGAAAUUCUAUUUUCUCUUAACACCACAGCCGCCAGUUAGAGAAAAAUUAUCAACGGUGUCCAGCUUUAAUCGAGUCGCAACGCCAUUUCGACGUCGAUCUAAACGAGAGCGACCUGGCAUCGCAGUCCCUAUUGCAGCAGCAGCGACACCAGAUGCGAAUGUGAAUGCAAAUGCGAAGCAGAAUGAGAAAAUUAAGCGUUUACGGCGUUUGCAUAUAUCAGCCGCCAGCUCACCUUUCAGACGCAAUUUGCUUGAGCUCGAAGAUAAUUUGGAAAAUGUUGCUGACUGUGGCAGAUUAAACAAGAAAGCUUUACGCUUACUAAGCCCGGUAGAUAUCGAGAAUUGGCGUACAAGAUUCAAACACAGUUCGAAUUGGAAUAUGCCGGCGAGUCCAGUGAAGAAAUUACAUACUUCGAAUAAUACUGAGAAAUAUUUAUCUGUAUCACCAUGGUCUCCAAACAAAAUUAGUCAUAAACGCUUAAGAUAUGCUUGUUUUAGUCAAAGUGUAAACAUGGAUAACCCCAAGGUUAAAAAACGUGAAAAACAGUUGGGGACAACAUCAAUUACUAGCAUUGAUUUUGUUAGUUCGGAUAAGGAAAUCCUCGCCAGGCAUCAUUUAGGCCUAUCAUCAGUGCCAGUCACUUCACAACAACGUCGAAGUAGAUUGCUGGUAAAAACUGAUUUCUAUAAUUGGCAUGGCAUUAUAGCCUUACAGGAGGGACUGCUAACGUUGUUGAAAAAUUUUCUUUGUCUCUUGCCGGAUAACGCAGUGGAAGAGGUAAAGUUAGGCACAGACACGAAU